AUGAAGUUCCUCGGCUUAGCAUCCGCGCUCCUCGUCCAACACCAUGUUGCAGCUCAAUUCGCGCCGCCCGAUGGCUGUUGUGCCACCGCGGCCAUGAUGAGAUUCGAAUGCUCUCGGCUCGUCAUUCAGAGAACCGACCCUUUGGUCGAGCCCGGAAGGAUACAAUCCAGUCACAACCACCAGAUCGUGGGUGGCAAUUCAUUCAAUGCCACCAUGACGCCCGUUGAUUUCGAUCCCUCGGUAGAGUCUACGUGUACGUCUUGCACGUUUAGCGAAGACUUCUCCAACUACUGGACGGCGAACCUAUACUUUAGGGCAAGGAACGGCACAUUCAAGAGGGUGCCUCAGAUGCUGAAUUUGGGUCUGGAGGGUGGAGACGGCGGUAUCACAGUGUACUAUAUCCCACCUUAUGAUGGCAAGACGACAGUCACUGCCUUCAAACCUGGGUUCCGCAUGCUCGUGGGUGACGCUGGCCUGAGGGAGCCCCAGGGCCAGCAGAAGCAGAUCUGCCAUCGCUGCUUCAGCAACAUGCAGCAGAACCCGUUCGGCGGCGCGCCUUGCACUGGCGGCGACACCACCUCGUUGCCCACGGGUACGUGUGGUGGUGGAAUCAGGACAACAAUUACAUUCCCUACGUGCUGGGACGGGAAGAACGUCGACAGCCCGGAUCACAAGGCCCACGUGGCGUACCCAAGCUCAGGGUCUUUCGAGUCGACUGGGCCCUGUCCGUCAACACACCCCGUGCGCCUGCCGCAGCUCAUGUACGAAGUCAUGUGGGACACGACGCCGUUUAAUGACCCAAACAUCUGGCCUGAAGACGGCAGUCAGCCCUUCGUAUACUCUACUGGCGAUCCGACUGGACAUUCCCAGCAUGGAGACUAUCUUUUUGGAUGGAAGGGUGACGCACUCCAACGAGCCCUUGACAAGCGUUGCACAGGAGACACCUGCAGCGAGCUCAAGCGACAGCCUGCUGCCGAUGCGAUCAAGUGCACCAAGCCGCAAUUUAUCGACGAAGAUGUCGAUGGAUGGAUGGACUCGCUUCCUGGAGAGGUCCUCAUCGGGCCAUUCGGAUGGAUCAAGGGUGUCGGAGAUGAUGGCGAGAACACGAAGUCGAGCCCAUCAAAAGUGCGCAAACCACGCCAGGGGAGCUCCUAUUUCACCAGGCAGAGGCUCCUGAUCAAGCGCCAAUUCACCCCACAGGACAACGUAACCGCCAAGGCGGCAGUCGAGACGACUCGUCACGCUGGUCUUGGCAAGAUCCACCGGACAAGGGAAGGGAAGCCAAGUUAG